AUGUCUAAUUUAGUUAAUGUACCAGUAGGUCCUGCUGCGAAUGAACAUGAAACUGCUCCAAGAAGAAAUGCACAAGUAACAAAAGAAUCUUUAAAGAGACCUCUUGGAAUGUCAUGUACAACAGUUUAUGAAAUGGCAUUAGAAUGUUUUGAAUUAGGUGGCGAAUCAAAAGCAAUGGCAUGGAGAGAUGUUAUUGAUAUUCAUGAAGAGAAAAAAAUUGUUAAAAAAUUUGUUGAUGGUAAAGAAAUCCCUGUUGAAAAGACUUGGUUAUAUUAUGAAAUGAGUAAAUAUAAAUAUAUUACUUUUAAUGAACUACGUGAUAUUAUGCAUAUUUUAGGUAAAGGGUUAGUUAAAAUGGGUUUAAGACCAAAUACUGAUGAUAGAUUACAUAUUUAUGCUCCAACAUCUCAAAAAUGGAUGCAAAUGUAUUUAGGUUCACAAUCUCAAUCGAUUCCAAUUGUAACUGCUUAUGAUACUUUAGGUGAAUCAGGUUUAAUUCAUUCAAUUAAACAAACCAAUUCAACUGCAAUUUUUACAGAUAAUUCUUUAUUAAAAACUUUAAUUACUCCUUUAGAAAAAUGUGAUAAUAUUAAAUUUGUUAUUCAUACUAAUGUUGUUAAUCCAAAUGAUAAAAGACAAAAUGGUAAAAUGUUUAAAGAAGCUAAUGACGCAAUUGAAGAAAUUAAAAAAAUUAGACCAGAUAUUCAAUUUUUUUCAUAUGAUGAUAUUUAUAAGAUGGGUGAAGAAAAUAAAGAUACUAUUGAUAUUCAUCCACCUUCUCCAAAGGAUCUUUCUUGUAUUAUGUAUACAUCUGGUUCUACCGGUGAUCCAAAGGGUGUUGUCUUAAAACAAUAUAAUGUUGUUGCAGGUGUUGGUGGUGCCCAUUUAACUGUUAGAAAAGCUGUCGGUAGAACAGAUAGAAUUAUUUGUUUCUUACCAUUAGCUCAUAUCUUUGAAUUAGCAUUUGAAUUAUUAUCCUUUGUAUGGGGUUCAUGUAUUGGUUAUGCUACUGUUAAGACAUUAACUAAUGCAUCAAUGAGAAAUUGUCAAGGUGAUUUAGUUGAAUUUAAGCCAACUGUUAUGGUUGGUGUUGCUGCAGUUUGGGAAACCGUUAGAAAAGGUAUCCUUCAACAAGUUAGUAAUUUACCCUUUAUUACUCAAAAGAUUUUCUGGGCUGCUUAUAAAGCUAAAUUAACAAUGAAAAAUUAUCAUAUUCCAGGUGGUGAUGCAUUAGGUAAUCUUGUUUUCAAGAAAGUUAAAGCCGCUACAGGUGGUCAAUUAAGAUAUUUAUUAAAUGGUGGUUCUCCAAUUAGUUAUAAUGCUCAAGAAUUUAUUACUAAUUUAUUAUGUCCAAUGUUAAUUGGUUAUGGUUUAACUGAAACUGUUGCUAAUACAUGUAUCUUAGAUCCAGCUCAUUUCACUUUAGGUGUUGCUGGUGAUUUAACUGGUGGUGUUACUGUUAAAUUGGUUGAUGUCGAAGAAUUAGGCUAUUUGGCUAAAAACAAUCAAGGUGAAGUAUGGAUUAAAGGUGAUUGUAUCCUUGAAGAAUAUUAUAAGAACCCUGAAGAAACAGCUGCUGCUUUAACACCUGAUCAUUGGUUUAAGACUGGUGAUAUUGGUGAAUGGACAGAUAGAGGGUUUUUAAAAUUGAUCGAUAGAAAGAAAAAUUUGGUUAAAACCUUAAAUGGUGAAUAUAUUGCAUUAGAAAAAUUAGAAUCGAUCUAUAGAUCUAAUCAAUAUGUAUCCAAUAUUUGUGUUUAUGCUGAUCAAACUAAAGUCAAACCUGUUGCUAUUAUUUAUCCAAAUAUUAAACCAUUAGCUGUCUUAGCUAAAAAAUUAGGUAUUAUGGAUAGUAAAUCCGAUGAUAGUGCCGUUGAUGAUCAUUUGAAAGAUAGAAAAUUAGUUAAAGCAGUAUAUACUGAUUUGUUAAAGAGUGGUAGCGCUCAAGGAUUAGCAGGUAUUGAAAUGUUACAAGGGAUUGUGUUUGUUGCUGAUGAAUGGACUCCACAAAAUGGAUUUGUUACAUCUGCUCAAAAAUUGAAAAGAAAAAAGAUUUUAGAAUCUGUUCAAAAGGAAGUUGACGCCAUCUAUGCAUCAUCUUCAAAAUAA